AUGAAAUUAGCUUAUGCAGUCACUCUUUUGUGUGCAGUUCGGCAUGUAUUUGGAUCAACAUACUGCCCGCUCAGCGAAGCAAUGUAUUCCUCUGAGAAUCUCGAGCGCGGGGGAGUAGAUAUAGAUAUGCUUAAAAGCACCUGUCUAGUUGACUUGUUCAAAAAAGUAGACAGAUCCAGAGAAAAUAUCGCAUGUAUGGCCGAGGGGGCACCUGAAAUCAUGCGCAAGAUGUGUGUAGAAGACAAGCUGCAAGAAACCUUGGACAUUCUGAAGUCGAUCCAGGCCAUAAAAAUCCAAAUCGACGCAAAUCUAGAGGAAAAAACCCAAUGCUUGGCUAAGCUGGAAAAACUGUCUCUGAUACUGAUAGAUUGCGAAGCGAAGGAAAAGAAAAACAGAGAAACCGCCCCUUCAAACAGCCAGGCCGCAGAAAAGCCUGAAAACCCUUUCAUCGACGUAUGGGAAGUGCCAGAGCUUGACAGUGAGCCAGUCUCCGAUUCUUCCACUGUCGUGCGCCAAAUGCAAGAAGUAGAGGCCCUCAUGGAAAAAGCCAUAAAAAAUGGGGAGUGCUUGGAGAAAAGAAAGAUCUCCGUAGUUUAUAUAGCAGAAGAGUGCGUGGCGCGCAAUACCGAAUUUCUGGAGGAAGCUACUAUGGCAAUGCAGAGCCAGACAUACUACACGGCGUUUGGCUGCCAAAAACCCCCGAAAAGAAAGAGAAACACUGCCAGGCACAUCCUGCAGUACAAGAACAUAUACCUGGCACAGCUGCAGAACCGCGAGUGCUUUUUGCUAAGCAAGAUUGUCGAUCUCUUCUACAAAAAAACAAGCAGCCAGAUCCAAGCGGCCCAGGAAGAGAUGCAAGAAAAGCUCCAGGAGCUUCUCCUUUACAACUACUCCAUUGACGAGAACCUUUACGCCAAAAAAAUCGCCCACUUUAUACGCUGCGUGCAGCCGUAUGUUGGGCUCUCUGGGGCCCCAGACAAGCUGGCCUUGGCGCUGGACGCGCACUUUCUUUCUCUGCUGGUUCUAGACCACUCCAUGCCCAUAUGCCGGCUCAAGGAAGUUCUGAGCAUCAUGCACAUUCUGUACGAAGACGCUCCCGACAUGUCGGAAAUAAGCUUGGGCGUAUUUAUCGAGUAUUUCUACGACAUUGUUCGGACCCAUCUGAUGCUAAGCUGGGGAAAUGCCUCUGAAGCCCACUGCCAAACGGCGCGCCUGUUUGGAAAUAUGCACGCUCUGGUUUCGUCCUUCACUAAAAAAGAGGAAAUCCACCUGCUGUGCAACAUGUUUGGCGAGCUAGACAAGUCGUUUGCAAGAUACAGGCGAAAUGUAACAUAUAACGGCAGCUCGGAUGUGGAGGAGCCUAUUCGGGACCCCACGUGGAGAUACACCGCCGAUAAGUACAGCAUAAUACACCAGCACAUGAGCGUGCACGACGCAAGACACGCCCAGAACGACAGCUGCCUCCUCCUGGGCCUGCACCCGCUUAUAUACGCACUCGAGGAGCACACAAUUCCAAUGUGGAUAUCUGAGGGCGGGCCAAACGACGAGAACACCUGCACAGUGGAGAUAGGAUACCUAAACCCAGACGACAUCAGCUAUCGCACGGAUCUGAUGACAUACAGCGACGCGUGCAAGUUUACUUCCGUAAAGAACAUAAACAUAAUCGUCGACCCUGACCUGAAGAAAGAGAUAAGCAUGGUCAUAGACAAGUACGUGCACCCAGAUGCAACUGUGCAGCUUAUAGGAGUAAACCCAAACUCAGACUGCGUGUCCAUGUUUAAGUCCAGCGUGCUUGAGGAUGUAGGCGUAUUGCCCCCGUCCAACGAGGACAAGCAGGCGAUCCACGACCAGGUAUUGGAUGACUCCACUGGAUAUGGCUGGGAGUUUUGGCCUGCGGUGUGCACAGUAACCCUUGUGGCCGCUCUUAUUGACCUGCUUUCGGGCGAAGACACUUUCUUUUUCACUAUUGUUCCAAUAGUGGUUUCUGCACUGGGAGUCCUGCGGGCUCUUAUUAUACUGGAGGGAAAGGACACCCAAAUUUCGGUCGUGCUGUUCAACAUCAUAACAGCAGGCAUUGCCAUAGUUGCGGGCACAUACCUCUGCGACAUCCUAAUACGGGCCAGCGACUUGACAGAGUACCUGGUCUAUAUAAAGUGGCUCUACAGCGCAUUGGCUAUUAUAGCCUUCGCAGGCAUGCUGAGCACAUACUCAAAGAAGGCCAGAAGGCGCGUGUUUGGCCCGUCCUACACCGCGCUAAAUCUGCUGAAGUAUUUCUUCUACGCACUGGCAGCUGCUGCCUCUCUUUGCAUUCCCGUGUUCUAUGCACUUGACUGCCAAGACGUGGUUUUCGUGCUGCUUGCAAGCAACAUGGGGUUUCUGUCCGGCAUAUUCCUGUACAUCGCAUGCUCGUACGAGAAAACACCCACAAAAAUCAAAAGCGACCAGUGGAAAAGGCUGGACAGGUGUGUUAUGGUGCUUUCCUGGAUCACAGUGACCAUUGGUCUUGUGCUGACUCUAGUAGUCUCGAUCCACUACGACCUCCUGGAGAACCUCCCUAUAAUCUUGGGAGACAAGAAGAUGCUUCUUUCUCUAUUUAAAAGGGAAACGGCCCCAGAGCAUGCAGGCAUGUACCCUUUUGGAGGCGACAGCUCUGCCUUAAACGAGCUUAUUAAAUCUGCAGCCAUUGGCAUAAGCACCUCCGUAAACAGAGCAGUCGGCAUGCGGGUGUUCUUGUAG